GGCAUCUCUCACUCUCACACGCAGAAGAAGAAGGAACCGGAAGCGGAAGUAAACACGCGCUUCUCCGGUUCCUUGUUGAUGAUUCCUAAAUAAGGAAGAUGGAACAUUUAAGGACAAUGGGCGCAUUUAAACUGAUUAUUGCUGCUUUAUUUUACAGCUAUGUAAGCAGCAGUUCAGUGGAAAGGAAGAUUUAUAUUGUACUGAAUGAUACGGUACCAUGUGUUCGACUGCUGAACGCCACACAUCAGAUCGGCUGUCAGUCAUCUAUAUCAGGAGACACAGGUGUUCUUCAUGUGCUGGAGACUGAAUCAGACCUGGACUGGAUUCUCAAUACAGGACCACAUCCUCCCUACAUGGUUGUCAUGGAGACGGCUUUCUUUAAUAGAUCCGUCAUGUUGAGAAUGAAGAACUCAUCCAGGGUGGCUGGUGUCGCUGUUAUUGUCUCAAAAACAGGCCCUGCUGAUGGAUUCUCCCCUCACACGACCUGUCCCAACCAGAAUACAGGUGUGUAUUCUGGAAGUUACGGGCCUCAGUAUACAGACUGUAACGUCACCGUGUGGAAUCCUCUGGGGAACGGACUGUCCUACGAAGAAUUCGGUUUUCCUGUGUUUGCUCUGAAAGACGAGAAUCAAACAGAGGUCAUUCGAAAGUGUUAUGAGGAUCAUAAUGCACGCAGCAAUGGAAGCGCCCCUCAGUACCCGCUGUGUGCCAUGCAGCUGUUUUCACACAUGCACGCUGCGACCGACACCGUCACGUGCAUGAGACGCACGGACCUCCAGACCAAAUUCAGCAUCAACCCAGAGGCUCUCUGUGAUCCUUUAAAUGAUUUUAACGUCUGGUUGUCCACAAAACCCCUCAACAACAGUGCCAAGGGUCACCUAGAAAACCAGAGUUUCGUCAUCGCCGCGGCCAGACUUGACGGAAGGUCGUUUUUCUGGGAUAAGGCUCCAGCAGCCGAAGGCACCGUGUCUGGUAUCGUCACCCUGCUGGCUGCGGUUCAAGCUCUCUAUCCUGUCACUCAAGAAGCCCCGCCUCCUCGAAAUAUUUUCUUCACUUUCUUCCAAGGGGAGGCCUUCGAUUACAUCGGCAGCUCCAAGAUGGUGUAUGACAUGCAACACAAUGAGUUUGUUAUGGACUUGAAGAACGUUGACUCUAUGCUGGAGAUCGGACAGGUGGGGUUAAGCAGUGGGCGGGACUUGUGGAUGCACUCUGACCCCGUAUCCCGCAAGAACAGCAGCACUGUAGAGGAACAGGUGUCGGCUCUCAUGAAAAACAUGACGGCUGUAGCUGCUAAUCUCAAUCUGAAUCUGGCUGAGCCAAAUGUUACUCAAGCUUUACCGCCUUCCUCAUUCCAGCGCUUCCUGCGAGCCAGACAGAUCCCAGGACUCGUCCUGACAGACCACCAAUCAGCUUUCACUAAUAGAUACUACGAGAGUUUGUACGACACCGCUGUCAAUCUGAACUUGACGUACCCUGACGGUCUGAGUCCAGAUGAGCAGAUGCGCUAUGAGACCGAUACAGCAAAGUCUCUCACUGAUGUGGCCACAUUGGUCGCUCGCACACUUUACCGACAGGCCGGAGGAGAAGAGAAAAUGUUGAACAAUAUCACUGCUGACCCAAAAACUGUUGCUCAGUUGCUGUAUGGUUUUCUGGUUCAGAAGAACAACAGUUGGUUCAGGUCUUUGCUGCAUCCAGACGUAACUAAGAAAGGCAGUUCAUUGUUAGCUUCUGGACCUCCUCAGUUCUACAUCGGUCUGGGUCCGAGGAGUCACGGGUCGGUUCACAGCGUGACGAAGUUCGUGCAGUAUAUUCUGGCUAACCUGACGGGAACCGUGACAAACCUGACGGAGACCCAAUGUCAGAACCCCAGCGAGGUCAGCACGGAAAAUAAAGAUUUGUAUUCGUAUUUGUGGGUCUCUGGUGCGUCCUCUGAUAACAGCAGCGCUGAACCGUUCUGCGUGCGGGCGUCCGUUCGUCUGUCUAAAGCCAUCUCGCCGGCCUUUGAACUGCUGGAGUACGGCUCUAGAGAUUAUUCCACGUGGACGGAGUCUCGCUGGAAGAGCAUCAAAGCUCGAGUUUUUCUCGUGGCCAGCCGACAGCUUGAGAUGUUAACGCUGGGUGUGGGCGUGGCUGUGUUGCUGUUGUCUCUGUUGGUGACGUACUUCAUCACCUCGAAGGCGGAGCUUUUGUUUAGUGCCACCCGUGAAGCGCCCGCAACGACCUACUGAACCCAAAGUCCAGAUUCUACAGUGAUACAUUCCCCUUUAACAGAGAAAGACUUCUGCACUGGAGUGACACACACACACACAAAUAAACACACACGCACAAACUAUUGAGUUCAACAAUAAUUUAUUCACUGCUCACAGAUCAAACUAAAAUAACACAACAUAAAGAUUU